GCCCCCAGUCCCGGCUGGCCGCCCCGGCCGCGGGAAUAGGCAUGCGCUCUGCAGAGGCCGCCCUCGCCUCGCCUCUGGCUCUCCAGGAGCGCUGGCUGCGCGCGGAGAAACCAUCUCUAUGGGAGGAGCCCUUCUUCAGUUGAUUGACAAUGUCUUUGGCUGAUAAAAGGCUUGAAAACCUACAGAUCUACAAAGUCCUCCAGUGCGUCCGCCAGAAGGACAAGAAACAGAUCGAAAAGCUCACCAAACUUGGCUACCCUGAGCUCAUCAACUUCACCGAGCCCGUCAAUGGAGACAGCGCCCUCCACUUGGCUUGCGUCGCCAACGACAUUGACAUGGUCCAUUUCCUUUUGGAGCUCGGAGCUCAUCCAGACGUCCAGGAUCGGAUGGGGCGCACUCCGGCCAUGAAAGCUGCUGAGCUCGGCCACGACUUAGCCUUAGAUGUGCUGGUGCAGGCGGAGGCCGACAUGACGAUCGUCGACGAGGAAGGAAAAGGUAUUCUGUUCUAUUGCAUUUUGCCUACCAAGCGUCACUUCCGCUGUGUGAACAUGGUGCUGGAGUAUGGGGCGGAUGUGAAUAACGUGACGUUUGAUGGGAAGCCGGUGUUCUUGCAAGCCUGUGAGCAAGCCCACGAGAUGAAAGACACGUGCAUGAUCUUCUUGGAAAGCGGAGCGGACCCCAAUGCGGUGAACCUAGCGACUGGCCGCACUGCCCUGAUGGAAGCGUCGAGAGAAGGCGUUUUGGAAGUUGUCCGUGGCAUCCUCGAGAGAGGCGGGGACGUCAACAUAUUUGACAAUGAAAGACACCAUGCUGCACAUUUUGCAGCCCAAGGAGGUUUUUUUGAGAUCCUGAAGAUUAUUUCUGCUUACGAUGGAGAUGUGGGCCUCAUCGCCAUGAAUGGAAACACCCCUCUUCACUAUGCGGCUGCAGGGGGAUUCACAGAAUGUUGCAAAUUUAUAGGGCAAAGAGGCACUGACCCAACGUGGAGGAAUCUGGAAAAAAAGGUGCCCAGAGCCGUUGCCAAAGAUGCUGGAUUUAAAGCGGCGGUCAAGGAGAUCCGUAAAAUCGAGCGGCGUUUUGCCAGAUACUCCAAGCCUAAACCUGGGGUCAAGAACCCCAACCCCCCCUGGGCCAUUCGACUGCACGACUGGUCUGUGGAGCACCAGGCAAGCCUUCGGGAGGCGUUCGAGCUGAUGGAUCGAGGUGACGGGACGGUCGCCAAAGAAGAUUUCAUUGCCGUCAUUGAGGAGAGGUGUUCCUUUGUGAACACCGAACAGCUCCCUGCCAUUGCUCAGGCUCAUGAGAAGACCCGCGCUGGAGGCGUGAACAUUGAGGAUUUUUUGAAGGGCAACCGGUAUUUGCAGAAAGCGUUCCUCCUGUCCUCUUAUGGCCCCAAAAAGAAGAAAGGCAAGAAGGCGAAAGGCAAGCCCAAGUUUGCCAUCCCCCUACCCAUCUGUGUCAUCCCAGAAAGCUCGUGGCCACGACGCCCCGAUGGCGGACCCCCCAAUUACAUGGUCCAGACCUAUCAGAACGUCACCGACUGCGGCCGGUUCAAUCGCGACCACCCCCCUGAGCACCCCAUACAGGACGAUUCCUGGUGGUACAUCGACGACCCGGCGAAGAACUUUUCCAACAUCAACUACCUCACGAAGGCUGGAGACCUUUCGUCUUUGAAGAAAGCUUUCGAGUCGGGGGUACCGGUGGAUGUGAGAGACCAUUUCUACAAAACGCCGUUGAUGGCCGCUUGUGCGAGCGGCAAUAUGGAAGCGGUGAAGUUCCUUUUAGAAAAAGGGGCUAAUGUGAACGCAAUGGACAAUUUCAUGUGGACCCCUCUCCACCACGCCUGCCAUGCUGGCCAGCAGGAUAUUGCAGAAGUCCUCGUGAAUGCGGGGGCAAACAUCGAUUCUCUCUCCAUCAACGAUGGCACCCCACUUAUGAGAGGGAUCGAGAGCUCCCGGUUGGACACGGUGAAAUAUUUAAUCAACACUGGUGCUAAAGUUCAACUGGCAAACAGAAAAGGUCAGAAUGCUCUGGAGAUCGCCAGGGCCUAUGCCGACAACCGUUUAAUCCACUUCGUACAAGACACGCUGGAUCAAUUGCCCAGGCCGCCCGAAAACAAAGUAGAUAAGCAGAAAAAGAAAAAAGGCGCCAAGCCCAAAGCGCCAGCCCCGGCACCGACUCCGAAGCCCAAGCCUUCAGAAUCCGUUGUGAAAGAGCCAGGAAAAGAAGAGGUCAAGGAACUGCCCCAGCCAGAACCUGUCAUUGAGAAAUCUGUCUUCGAAGAGAAGAAAGAAUCUCUCAGGGAUAACGUUGUCCACCUGAAUUCCUUGAUAACGAGAGGAGCCACCAGAAAACUCGAUAUCACGUUUACGCCAAAGAGGAUAUGGAGUCCAGAAUCAACAACCGAAGACCUCUUAAAGAAGAGGGAGCUGCGUCGACAGCGCUUCACUUACGAGGUGGACUUUGAGGACUUCAUGAUGCCCUUUCAGAAGAAUUUCAUGCAGAAAGCCCGUAACUUAACCCAGGCUUUGGCCUUACGCUGAUCACUGUGCCAUUUCUGCACAGAUAGAAACGAGAUGAGCUUAAGAAGAGAUGCCACUGAGGCCUAAUCAUGUUGCUUCUAACUGUGACAAACUUUUGCUCUCUCUUUUUUUUGGGUUAUGCAAUUUUAACACGGUGCCUGGUUGAAGUCUCAGCUGAGCUGCGAUUCGCUGAGACUUUGGAAAUGGGUCCCGCUUUCCCCCCUUAGCAAUGAGUUUGAAAGCUAAGGGCCGGGCACUCGCCGGGAAUUUUCUCUGGUGAGUUCUGUCAGUGGAGCAGCAUAGAGGGAGGUUGCAGGUUUGCACCCCGAGGGGGGAUUGGCCGAUGAAGCCACCCUUCAACCAGGAGAAAUCCUUUGUGAAAUCCAAGCUGAUAGUUAUUGAGUGGCGGGUGUAACGUGGUUGGAAACUGUGCUUUGUUACCCUUUCCCAGUCAUCUGAAAUCAUAAUCCAGCUCAUUGCUUGGGAACACAAAUGUAUCCUGCAGCAGGAACUGGGAGGCCAAGUAUUUUCAGGUGCUAUAAAUGUCUGUUCUACUGAGCCAUGUUGCUCUGAAUCUAGGUCAGAUCCAGAACUGAUGCGAGGCUGUCAACAUUCCCCCGGGAAGAAUGCCCUGCUGUUGCUAGCAACGGCUUUCCUUCUGUGCACGUGGGAGCAUUUGGGACAGGAAGCAGUCUUUGGUUCAGUGCAGUGCAGCAAUGCGGUCUGUGAUUUCUGGAGGCUUGAUCCAGGGCUUUGCAUCGAGGUAUUACUAAGAACAACAUUGGGAAAAGAGCCAGUGCGAUGUAGUGGUUAAGAGCAGGUAGACUAUAACCGGGUUUAAUUCUCCACUCCUGUACAUGAGCCGUGGACUUUUAUCAGGUAAACUGGAUUUGUUUCCCCACUUCUCCACAUGAGUGUUAGACUCU